UCUAGUGAUCAGAGCUGCAGUCUGGGUUCAGUCCCACCCCUUCCCUCUGUAAGAAGCUUCCUGCUCUAAAACUGCAUGAGGAAUCGGAAUAGAGAAUCCUCUUAUGAUGGACCAACUUCUUUCCCAGGGCUGAUGAGUGUGACUCUGUCAGCAAUUCAAAAGUUUCAGCUUGACUGAUAUGUGAUACAAUUGAGGACUUUUACUCGGCUGUGUUUGUGAAGCCUACCAAAAGAGCAUAUUACACUUCCUUGUAUAGCAAGGUCACCAACCAAAUUUCAAAAUGUCCGAUGGGGAUUACGAUUACCUCAUCAAAUUUUUAGCGCUGGGAGAUUCUGCAGUUGGAAAAACUAGUUUCCUUUAUCAGUAUACAGAUGGAAAAUUUAAUUCCAAGUUUAUCACAACAGUGGGCAUUGACUUCCGGGAAAAGAGAGUGGUAUAUCGAUCAAAUGGGCCAGAUGGGACUUCUGGCAGAGGGCAAAGAGUUCACCUGCAACUCUGGGAUACUGCUGGGCAGGAAAGGUUCCGUAGUUUGACAACUGCAUUUUUCAGAGACGCAAUGGGUUUCCUUUUGCUUUUUGAUCUAACCAAUGAACAAAGCUUCCUUAAUGUCAGGAACUGGAUGAGCCAGCUGCAAAUCCACGCAUAUUGUGAAAAUCCAGAUAUUGUAUUGUGUGGCAAUAAGUGUGAUCUGGAUGAUCAGAGAGCAGUUAAAGAAGAAGAAGCCAAGGAAUUUGCUGAGAAAUAUGGAAUCCCAUACUUUGAAACCAGUGCUGCAAAUGGAACCAAUGUAAAUAAGGCAGUGGAUACCCUUCUAGACCUUAUUAUGAAGCGAAUGGAACGGUGUGUGGACAAGUCUUGGAUACCUCAAGGGGUGGUGCAAUCCAAUGGCCACAGAUCUACAGAGCAGUUAACUGAGGAAAAAGACAAGGGCAAAUGUGGCUGUUGAGACCAAAGCUUAUUUUGAAAAAAAAAAAAAAAGAUCCUAUUUUCACCCCCAUUUUUUAAAAAAAAUAUUUUUUAAAACUACAUUUAAAUAAUUGUUCUGUUUAUAAAAUGGGCCAUUACAAGACAGCCUAAUGCCACAGGCUUACAAUCCGGCUAUGUACCAAAUGACAUUUCCUAAGCAUAAGGAUUCUCAUCAUCCACAACCUCAUCCAAGGACACCUACUAAACCAAUGAACAAAUUGGUCACAGGCUACUGGCUAUAGUAGCAUUUUAGCAUUUUAUUUACAGCCUUUUGUCUUACAAUGUUGCAUAUAACAGUAUUUUCUGCCUUUCUCCAGAAGUAAUCUUAUAGUACAAAUAUUUAAACUCUUGUUUUUAUAAAGAAGAUGCUCUAAAAUUCUGUAUAGUCAGAAAUCAGAAAUGUGUCCCAGCCCAUGUAUGUAAUGUGCCACUGUUAUAAUGAAUCACUUAAAGAUAUAUACUGUUUUUGCAA